UCCAAGGAAGUACAUGGAUGCUAAGGAUCUCAUAAGAGAAGCUUUAUUCCCCCUGUCAAAAGAAUUUUCGGAUGUUCAGGAGAUAUUUCAGGCAAACAAGGAAUUAUUUUUAAAAAUUCUGCAAGAUCCAGACUCUUCUCUGGCAUAUCAGUUCCAGAACGUCCAAAUAUCCAGUGCUAAGAGGGAAUUGACCAAGUCAGAUUCGUUCCCUGUAGCUUACUUGUCAUGUAGAAAUAAUGUUAGGUCAAGCAAACUCAAACACAAGCUGAGGGAAAUUAGUUCUUUUACAAAACCAGAGGGGCAGUUGCAAGCUAGGAGUUCGUCUGCAAAGUUGGCCACAACUGAUUCUUCAGAUGACACAGUCACACAGCCUUUCCCAUUGAUGACUGAUGGUAAUGAGAAAGAAAGGAUGGGAACUGCUGAACCUGGUAAUGUCUCAGGUUAUUCUCUGGGCUCAUCCCAUGAAUUGAAGAACCAAGUGGCUACAAAUCGUUUAAAAAGUAUUAAGCGGAGGAUAAAACAUGCAAUCAGAGGUAGUGGAAAGGAACGUCACCGGAUAUCCAUGGAUGUCAUCUUUCAUAGAAUCCCUUAUGGCCGUAAGCAUUCCAAGACUGGGAAGAAGGGGAUGUCUGAUCACUGGAAGGAGCUCACAACAGACAGUGAUUAUAAGGACAGCCCUAUUUGUGCUCUUGGCAAGGGUGGACUCCGUCCCCUGAGAAGAACAGCCUCUCUUAGAGAAUCACUGGAUAGAUACUCUCGAUUGUUCGACUCUACUUUCAGCAAAGAAGCUAAGCAACAUCUAUCUUGCAGAUUAAAGCUGACAAAUGAAGAUGCGGGAUCCCCUGGUGGACCUGCCCCGAAAGCCUUGGGCAGGAUUCUAUCUCUACCCGAACUCAAGUCUUUUUGUUCUCUGCAAAGUGAGGUGUCUCAUGAUACUUCUUGUUUGGGGAUGCCAAGUGGCACUCAUAUGGACAACCCUGCUAAUAUGGAAAGGUCCAGUCAAAAGCUUGCUGUUCUUUCUGUAGGUACAGAAAAUGACAGCGAGUCAGAGGCUUCUGCAGAAAAUGCAAGUCAAGAAAUCUUGGUGGAAGUGAGUGAAAGUAGUCUAAUUCAGGAGGAUCAGGUGGAACUGAUACUCAAUGCAGAUGAGGAUAAAUCAAUUGAUGAUUUGGACAACCAGACAAUGCUGGAGAAUAUAUCUAUUUCUCACUAUCUACAGGAAGUUGAGCCUGCGCCAGAUGUUUGUAUUAAACAGGCACUACUAAGUCCAAACUCUGUUCUAGACUCUGACACUUCAGAAUUUAUCAUCACAGAAGAAGCAGAUUACGGGUUGAAACCCAGGCCUAUUGAUUUCAAUGAGCUGGAUUCUCCAUAUGCGAAUAGGAGCACGAUGGAGAUUGAGAAUGUGAAAAGUCUGAGCAAGCAUUUUGAUAGUGGCCUUCCCCAUGUCCAGGUGGAUAAAAAGGAUGAAUCCAACUUCAAUUAUGUGAGGGAAGUGCUCAAGCUAUCAGGCUUCAGUGGGAAUGGGAACCUCGGUACAAGGCAUUUACCAGACCAGCCAGUUGACCCUUCAUUGUUUGAAGAAGUAGACUGUUCUGGACAGGAAACUGGCAGCAGUUUUGAUCACCGGCUUUUGUUCGAUGUAAUUGGUGAUACCUUAAUAGAUAUCUAUGAGAGAUCAUUCAUGUACUGGCCAAGACCCUUGUCCAUCAACUUGAACAUCCGCCCAAUGCCCGUGGGGUGCCAUGUUCUUAAGGAGGUAUGGACCAGUAUUAGUUGGUUUCUAAGUUAUCAACCCGAGAUUGGUCAAUCAUUGGAUUACAUUGUGGCUCGUGAUCUUGCUAAGGCUGAUGGGUGGAUGAACCUCCAGUUUGAAAGUGAGUGUGUUGGACUUGAACUUGAGGAGUGGAUAUGGGAUGAUCUUCUGGAUGAACUUAUCUUGAGCUUGAGGUGACCUGAAGUACUCUAUCUUAGGGUGCUUUCUUCUUUGUUUUCACUCAUACAUGAAGUUUUGUCUUCU